UGCUUUAAUUUCUUUUCGAACGUGAGACAACAUGGCAACAACUUCCCGUUCACCGCCUCCGUCAAUACUCUCGCCGUCCGGCCGGAAUCCCAGGAAUCGCCGACCAUCAAUGCACGUCGUCAUCAGAGCCCACAGCUUUAGAGACCAAGGGAGGGGAAAGCGUAAAAUAGUUGAUGAGAAUUUGCAGGUUUUAAGGGGGAGAAUAGAAGAUGUGAAGAAUAGGGAGAAACUGGAGAGGUGUUUAAGUGAAGGUACCCUACUAGGGUGGAAUUAUGCAGCUUGUGAUGACCAUGAUUACAAUAAGCACAAAAAGGAGUUGGAACAAUCUCAGUUACUGCAACUUCUUGUUGUUAAUGUUGUUGGGACUCUUGCUUUCACUCUUCUCACCUGCACUCUUUGCCUUUGUUUCAUUUCCAUUUUGAUUCAUAUCAGUAUGUAAAUUAUUGAUUCAUUUAUGCAAUCUCUGUUUAUGCCAUGAUUCA